UUUAUUAUUAUUUUUUGCCAUACACACGUAGAUUAAAUAGUAGAACUUUGUAUAUGGAAAAGUGGACGUAACGAGUCAAGCAAAAGGUGUGCGCGACGACGCGACGCUACUGGAAAACACUUGGAUCGCGGAAAACUAUGCGUAUGCGGGACUAAUUUUUUUUAUAUUUAUUUUUUCGUAAUCGACACGCCAGAAUAGUGCAUAAAGCAUAAAGGGAAUGCCGUUCAAGUGUCGGAGUGUGUGUGAAAGUGGAGUUUCCGAAUCAGGCGAUUAAGAUCGUGUCCCCGCCUUUGCCCCGCCCGGCCCCGUCUGACACCCGCAACCCGCUAUCCACGAACCGUGCCACCAAUCAAAAAUAAUUAUUUUGCAGGCAACGACGCCGCUCAACUUCUCCAAGAACUUUCCGCUGAAAGAGUGCAAAUUGAGAGCAGAAUUUCCCCCCACAUCCGUGACCGCGUGUUUAUGUGUUAGUGUGUGUGUACCCCUCUACUCUCCAGCGCCACCGUCGAUCCCAUUUCACGCGUCGCCGCUUCGUCUCGCCGUCUCGCACUCUUCACGUGUGUGUGUGCGUGUGUCGCCAUCUCCCUCUGAUGCACCACUAGCCCGAACAGCAGCAACAGCAACAGCCAAGGGGCCAGGCAGAAACCUAGCCAACUGUAUCCGUCAUCAAACAACAACAACAGCUACAGCAACAACAUAAACAACAGGCCGCAGCAGCAGCGGCACACAGAAAACGCAUUUCAUUGCCAACUACUGACGAAACGGUCAACGACAUUGCAACAUAGAAGCUACAACAACAACAACAACAAAAGCAGCAGUAACUACAACAACAAGAAAACCGCUAUAGAGAGACCACAGCGAGCCGCCAAGCCAGCCGCCACAUAGAAAAGCAUAGAAAAUAAAAAUGCCCAGAUGCGAUGUGAAAACGCGUUACAUUCCUGCGACUUUCGCCUGGAUUGUGCUGCUCCUAACCACAUUUCUGUUCUUCUAUUAUCCCUGCCAAUACUACGUAAAGAGCCAACCAUGGGUGCUGGCCUACCAGGGUGUCAUCACAUUCUUCGUGCUGGCGAACUUUACGCUGGCAACGUUCAUGGACCCGGGCAUUAUACCCAAAGCCUCACCCGACGAAGACUGCGAGGAGGAGCUGCGCGCCCCGCUCUACAAGAAUGCUGAGAUCAACGGCAUCACCGUCAAGAUGAAAUGGUGCGUCACCUGCAAGUUCUAUCGCCCGCCCCGCUGCUCCCACUGUUCCGUAUGCAAUCACUGCAUAGAGACGUUCGACCAUCAUUGCCCGUGGGUGAACAACUGCAUUGGCCGGAGGAACUAUCGAUUCUUUUUCUUCUUCCUCGUCUCACUCUCCAUCCACAUGCUGAGCAUAUUCUCGCUGUGCCUGGUCUAUGUGCUCAAGAUAAUGCCCAACAUCAAGGACACGGCGCCCAUUGUAGCCAUGAUACUGAUGGGCCUUGUGACCGUCCUGGCGAUACCCAUAUUCGGCCUGACCGGCUUCCACAUGGUGCUGGUGUCACGGGGUCGCACGACCAACGAGCAGGUCACGGGCAAGUUCAAGGGCGGCUACAAUCCGUUCUCGCGCGGCUGCUGGCACAACUGCUGCUACACACAGUUUGGACCACAGUAUCCAAGCUUACUCAACCCAAAGAAGUACGAAUCGAGGCGAUCGCAGACCCAGAAUCAGGCCAUUAGCACGAUAUGCAACGAUCGGACGAACAAUCAACAAAACAAUUCCAGCGGCGGUCCCGGUGGCAACGGGACUGCUGCUGCUGCCAUCGGCAGUGGUGGCAGUGGCGGCGGCGUCGGUGCCGGUGGCGGUAUGCGUGGUACAGCGGUGCAGUAUUCGCCCCGCUCCUACUACGAGUCGAGUCGGGAGAAGCGCGGAAUUCAGGUAAAGACUUAUAUGGCCGAGGGCAAUGGUUAUAAUCAACGGUCGGGCAGCACAACGCUUUACAGUAAGCUAUCGCCCGGACGUGAGUGCUCCGACACGGAUCUGGAGCCGCCGCCCGCCUCACAGAGCCAAGACUGCGAGCCGACGCCGCCGCUGCAGCGCCAUAACUCGAGCAACUUUUACCUGCCGCAGGUGAGCGACGGCGUCGGCGGCGGCCUCAACGGCAGCAUAGCCACGGGCAUGCCCAACUCCCAGAGCACGGCCGGAGGCGGAGGAGGCGACUCGCCCCGCCACAUGCGUCUCUACCAUCCGCGCCACAGUCCGCAUGCGCGACCCAGGGGCCUGGAUCCACAGCGCGGCUAUACGAGCGAUGCUCUUUCGCCGGACCAUCCCGGCGGCGUCAACGUUGGCUAUGGCGUCGGCGUCAGUGUCCAGCAGCAACAGGCUAUAGCGGCAGCAGCGGCUGCGGCUGCAGUGGCGGCGGCAGCAGCACAAAAUCAACGCAGCGGGACGACCACCGCCACACCCACCAUGCAGCAACGAAUUAAGCCGCUGGGCGUGGCAACGCCCCUGGUAAUGGCAAGUCCAGUGCGAAGAUCCAAUCCGGGCACGCCCACGCAACCGAGACGUCCCGACUUCAUUGGCCUGAAUGCCCAGGCAGCGGCUGUAGCGGCGGCAGCAGUGGCCCAACAGCAGCAGCAGCAGCAGCAACAACAACAACAACAGCAGCAGGCAGCAGCGGCGGCGGCUGCAGCGGCAGCAUACUAUGAGUACACCAGCGGGCUGCCGCCGCAGCAUCCACAGGCGCCGACCAUUCAGCAGCAGCAGCAACAGCUCUUGCUCCAGCAGCAACGCGUCCUCAUGCAGCAUCAACAGCAGCAGCAGCAGCAAGCGUUGCAGCAGCAGCAGCAACAACAACAGCAAGCUGCAGCUCAUGCGGCACAUCCGCAGCACGCGGCAUUGGCUCAGGCUGCGUACGGUGGCAGUCCCCAGCGCCGCUUCCUCUCUGAAGGGGAGCUGGUGCGGCAGGGACAGGGCGGUGGCAACGAGCUGUCCUACGCCCGCUCCAACAAUACGGUGGAUAACAUACGCGAGCUGGCUGGGAGCCCACAGCGCGGUGUCUACAUGUGGAAGGACACCUCACCAGGUUUCAGCACCAACAGCGCCGGCGGGGCCCAACAGCAGCAGCAGCAGCAGCAACAGCAGGCCGCUGUGAGUGGCAUUGGCAGUAGUGCUGGCACGCUGCCGAGCAGCGGAAACUCGUCCGGAGUGGUGCCGCACGCUCAGUACAUUACAGCUGGAGGAGGCACGCAUCCGCUCAUCAUGACGCACUCGCGUCUGCAGGACUACGCAGUUCAGCAGCAGCAGCAACAGCAGCAGCAACAGCAACACCAACAGGCGGCAGUGGCUGCGGCGGCAGCAGCUGCCUCAUAUCAUCGCUCGAACCCCACGAGUCCCACGACAAUGCCGCAGGCCUCCACAGCACAAACGGGCUACGUUCUGCGCUACGGAGGAGCCGCCGGAGGGAGCAGCGGCAGCAUUGCCAGCGUGUCGGCCAGCGGACCAUCGAUAGGUGGUGCAGCCGGUGGCGGUGGGUAUCAGCCAGCCCUCCGCGGAGGUGUACCCGUCUUCCCGCCCAAUCCGCUGGUCGGUGUCAGUGUGAGCAGUGCAGCGGGCACCCUGCAGACGCAGCCCUCGCCACAAAUUAAGCGCAAGCAGACACCGACACGGCCCAUGAGCUUUGUGCGCGCCCUGGAGAUGACCGACUCCAUGGAGAUGCAGUCGCUCGAGCACCAGCAGCACAACAACGGCGGCCUGCCCAGCGGCGUGGCGCCACCCGUGAGCGCAUCUCAGCCACAGAGCAAUGCGCAUCUCAUGCAGAAUGCCUCCAAUUCGGCAACGCCCGAUCGGGCCAGCAUCUACGACAUGAACUACGAGAUCUCCGUAUAACCCGUGGUUGUGCCCGUCCUCCUAAUGCCACCCGCCUCCAAAAGCAGCCACCAUCCUGCCCCAGCUGCAGUCACAGCCACAGGCACAGGCACAGGCACAGCUCAACCAAUUGCUGCUCUCAACCAGCAGUUCUUAUGCCAACAUCAGCAGCCACAGCCGUCACAGCAGCAGCAGCAGCAGAUUCAGCACCAGCAAUUGUUGGAGCCAGCGGCCUAUGCCUCGGUGCCAGUGCUGCCCGUAAAGCAGCUGAGCAACGGCUUUGGCAGCUACCACAACAAUUCGCAUCAGCCUCAGCAUCCGCAGACGCAGUCGCAGCUGCAGCUGCAGCAGCAGCAACUUCAUAACCAGAACCACCAGAACCCUCAAAUGCCGAACAAACGCAAAUUUUCAACCUUCUUUUGAGUUGGUCAACCCGAGCCCAGUCUCUUUUUAUUUUUGUUUGUUUUUUUUAAAUCUAUUUUAAAUUGUAUAUAUCUAAGUUAUAUACAUAUGUGUGUACAUAUACGUAUGCCAGAUAUGUGUGUGCAUGGACCGCUUGCGUACUGCUGUUGUAGCUAUAGCUUUUAACUAUUAUUAUUAUGCAUUUCUAUGCUUUGUUUUUAUGAUUAUUCAUCUUACAAGAUUCACUCUCUUUUAAUAUUUAUCAUUCUCAUCAUCCGUUAGCAUUUAUAUGGUCAAUAUUACGAUACGAAUUCAUCAGCAAGAAAAAUAACGAAAAAGAACCAAAAACGACAAAAAACGAACAUGAAAUUCGAUAAGAAAUGCAAAACACAAUUGAAAUACUUUGUACACGUGCAUGUGGCCUAUACAGGGCGUUUCCAUAGCUGUGAGAUUGGGAUAUCUACGUUCGUUUGGAGCACAUACUCUUAGAAAAACCCUUUGGAAUCAACUUGAAACGUGGCCAAUAAAAGAAACAACAUUACUUAUGCACAUAUGUAUAUUUAAGGCAGUGUCUUAAGUAGAUUUAGUGUAUGUAAACCAUCUGCAUGUACGUAUAUGUAUGCCAUAUAAUGUGUUUAUAGCAGCAAUACAUAUGUAUAUGUAAGUGUGUGUAAAUCAUGUGCUAUGAUAGUCCGAUUUUUGUUUAGAAUUGUAGAGAGAUUGUAUCUAUGUCUAUGCUAUGUCUGUGUACCGCAAAGAAGGCGUCACAUCUAUUCAUAUCGACUCAGACAUUACUCGCAAAAUGUUCAAGAAAGGAAUGGAUUUAUUUCACCAAGCCAACACCUUCAAAUAAUAACAAACGACAGCAUAUCCUUCGUUCAUCAAUUGCCUAAUUCAAUUCUCAAUUCGUUGAUUCAAAGAGUUGUUUGCUCUAGCGCUUUCAAAUCUUUAAUUAUAUUUCUUUACAAAUUUAACCUUCGAUUUUAAACGUUAACAAACUGCAAUCGAAAGCUUUAUGGAACGAGAGAGAGCGAGAGCGAGAGCGCUUCCCACAGCCCUGAAACGCACUGUAUAUGGUAACUGGCAAUGCGUUAGAGUACAUUUUGUCUAUUAUAAUUUGUUGUACCUCUUAAGAAAACCCGAAACCGGUGCCGCAAUGGUCUGUGUGUAACUUUAAUGUCGUCCAAUUCAGAUAAGUUUUGAUUUUCGUGUACAUAUAUGUAUGUAAGUCUAGUGUGUGUGUGGGUGUGUGUGGUCUACGUACCAGUAUGUACUAUGUAUGUAUAUGAAAUAUGUUGUGCGUGGAGUGGAGUGCAAACGCAAAAUUCUUUGGUUCCAGCUUCCAGUCUUAUAUCUAUCCACCAUGUGUGUGUGUAUCUACGAAUAUAUGUACAUGUGUUUGUGUGCAUGCUUAUGUGUAUAUACAUACAUAGAGUUAGACUUUGUUGUUAUGUUUUUAAGAUAACGUUAGCUUUUAUACCGAUCGGAGUGUAGGUAAAUGAUCCAUGCAUAUGUCCAGUGUCGUAUCUGUGUCUGUUCCAUGUUAAAUCUAUUUAUGGUUUGCAUUCACCUUUCAUCCAGGCAAACAAAAGUCCUCAAAUUGUAAUAAAGCACACACACCUGGGAUCCAAGUGGAAUCUGCGACUAUAUGUAUUUGCCUAUAUGUUCAUAUUCCUUUUUGUUUACUGCAGCAAUUGGCGAAAGAUUCAUAUACACAUAUACAUAUACAUAUAUAUAGAUAGAUGUUUAAGGAAAAGGAUCCCCAAUCACAACCCCGAACAAAUCCUCUCCUGCCCCCCUGCCACAUGCAUAGAUCAUGAGAAUUUGCAAGGAAUCAACUUUGCAUAGACUAUAUAGAGGAUCAAUAGUAUAUAUAGAAAUAUAUACUUACCAUAUUUUUAAGCGUUUUUGCUAACCCAUUAACUCAUGAAUUUGCAACAAUAUUUAAUAUUCAUACAAAAAUAUGUACAUCCAAAAAACAACACACGACAAACGACAAACGAAAACCAAGAAGAAAAAAACAAAUACAAUUAAUGUAAUGUAAAAUGUAACAGCAGAUGCGGAGGAUGAAAUUGUUUUAGAUUUUUAUACCAACUUUUUAUUAAUGCAAAAUCGUGAAUUGUUUCAUUUUUGUAUACCCCUGUCCCUGUCCCUGGCCUCUCCACCAUCCGCCCCCCCAGGCCCACCAUGCUAGUAGGAAAAGAAGCUGUAGAGAAAGAGAGCGAGAGAGAGAGAGAGCGGCUCAGGACGUAGCAGAAGCCGUCGUAAAUCCACGAGCUCUAAAUUGAAUUUUUUUUUUGAUGUAUUCAAUACUUACAUAUAUGUAAUUUGUAAAUGAUAUGACAAGUAAUCAAAUAGCAAACAUAAACAGCAAAAGGCAAUUAAUAAAUAAUACAAAUAAUAAUG